CUGCCCUUCGCGGCAGCACGGGCGGGCGUGCCUCCUGCGAGCGGCGGAUCACCACCGGACAGGCGAGGACGCCGGCUUCAGAACGCUCUUCCGACGCCGUUUACGUUCGCCAUCCGGUCCCAACUGUCCCGCUCACUGGGCAUGGGACGCACGCCGCCCUGUUGCCUGUCCGUCACGCUGCUGUGGGUAUGCGCCACGCACAAUGCAAGCUGCUCCGCGCCUCAGCAGAACAACCACGCGAACGUCUCCGGUCUGCUGAACAGUCUGCUGCAGGGAUACGACAGCAAUCUGCGGCCAGAUUUUGGUGGCCCGCCCACCGUCGUCGAGGUCGAUAUCCAGCUGAAGAGCAUGGGACCUAUCUCUGAAACGGACCUGACGUACUCGAUGAAUUGCUUCUUCCGUCAGUCGUGGGUGGACAGACGCCUGGCUUUCGACGGCGUCGGUCUGGACGUGCUCAGUCUGAGCGUGUCCACACUGGAGCGCAUCUGGAGGCCGGACACGUUCUUCUUCAACGGCCGGCGCAGUCAGCUACACAAGAUCACCACGCCCAACAAGUUCGUGCGGCUCUACGGCACCGGACGGGUCCUCUACUCCUCCAGGAUGACCAUCCAAGCCAGCUGUCCGAUGAGCCUCCACGACUUCCCCAUGGACACGCAGCACUGUCCGCUGCUCUUCGGCAGUUUCGGCUACUUCGAGAGUGACGUGAUGUACAGGUGGACGCGGAACAGAGAAAAGGUGGAGAUAUCACAGGACAUGAAGCUGUCUCAGUUCGACCUGGUGCGAACACCAGUCGGCCAGCGAACGGAGCGGAGUCAUCGGGGCAACUUCUCGACUCUAUGGGCCAGCUUUCACCUGCGGCGGCACAUGGGCAACUUCAUGAUCCAGGUGUACGGACCGUGCGUGCUGCUGGUGGUGCUCUCCUGGGUGUCGUUCUGGCUGAACCGGGAGGCCACCUCCGACCGCAUAUCGCUCGGCGUGACUACGGUGCUCACCAUGACUUUUCUGGGACUGGAGGCACGAACGGACCUUCCAAAGGUGCCAUACUCAACAGCGCUAGAUCUGUUCCUUUGGAUAUCAUACGGGUUCAUAUUUGCCAGCAUAAUACAGUUCGCGUUCGUCCACUUCUUCACCAAGUACGGCUAUGGGGAGGUGUACUUCCCGCCGCCGGACUCUGACCCGGGUGACUCGAGCGAAUCCGACCCGGCGAGCGCCGAGUCGGCGACGCCGCGUCACCAGGGGAUCACCGACAGCGCGGCACCACGUCACCAGGUGACGCCCAACACGGCGGCGCCACAUAAGUCGGUGGCCGUCAGACAGGUGUGGAACAACGGCCCGCCACGCAACGGCAAUUUUAACUCCGUGUCGCUGAUCGACCGGGGCAGUCGGCUACUGUUUCCCGCCGCGUUCCUGGCUGCCAACGUGGCCUACUGGUACUCGUACCUGAGCCGGAGCGAGCACAUCCGGCUCGUGCACGGCGUGUGAGG